UGCUCUGUUAACUGGUGUAGAUAUAUUUAAUAUUUAUUCACUAAUUUUUUUUCUUUUUUUAUUAACUUAUCUACGCCGGUUUCAAAAAGAAACCAGUGUAGAUGUCUUUAUUUUUUUAAAAAAAAUAAAUUUUGAACCCAUAUCUACACCGGUUUGCCCUGUUAAUCGGUGUAGAUAUUGCAUUCUCCGUCUCUUCUAAACAGCACUUUCAUUUGGAAAUUUCAUUUUUCAAAAUUUUCGUCACUCGCGCCGAGAGAGUUCAUCAUCUUCUAACCCUUCUCGUUCAGGUUUUGUUUCCAAAUCUCUAUUACUCUGAUCUUCUUCCCACUUAUCUCGUUCCUUCGCUCUUCUUCCUUCGGCCUGUGUUGUCAUUUUGCAUCAUUGGUGGCUGUGGGUUGAUUGUAGUUAGUGGAGAUCGUUCCCUGUGCCAAAUUCUACGAAUCCCCUUUCCCUUCUUUGCUAAAAUCUCUUUUGCUGUUGAAACACUAGGGCCGAGACGUCCUUCGCCACUGGUGACUGGUUUGGUGUGCGUGGAUAAAGCUUCAUCCUUCCCUGUUCAUGGCUUGAUCGUGAAAUCCUCCCUCCUUUUCAUGUUGUUGUAUUUCUAAGGAACAUGGAGGAUCGGAGUGUUAAUCAAGACCAGCCUGACCCUUCUACCCUGAUCGUGUCUACCAGUGGUGAUGACUGUGUGACUGUUAGUCCUCAAACUGCGGGUAGCAGCCAAUCUACACGAUCCAGGAGGCCUAAAAGUAGCACGCGAUUAAGAGAGUUAGCUCUAAGUCGAAGCAGAGGCGAGAAGAUUUCGAUUCAGUUUGAUAAUAAUUGGAAGCCAAUCGGGCCUAAUGGGGCUAAGUUUACUAGUUUUUUAGGCCUCCAAGCUCGUAGCAAGCCAAGUAUAUUAGCACCCACAUGGGAUGAUGUCCUAGAACGAGUGAAGGAACAGAUAUGGGAAGCCAUUAAUGUCACAUACGAUGUCCCCACGAGUAUAGACUUUAAGCAUAGGUUGAUGACCUGGGCAUAUGAUCGUUGGAGGGGUUUCACAUCACUAGCUAAGAGAUUUGUGCAUAUUAAGGUGCUAGAAGGACAGCCAUGGCCUAAUCCUUGUACCCAAUACACAUUUCUCGAUGCAGCUACUUUCGAAGAAUUUGUUAGGCUUCGGACUACGCCAGAUGCUCUAAAAAAGAGGAGAAAGGCACAAGAAGUUGGAAGGAAGAACAAUUGCCCCCAAACAAAGUCUCGUGGCGGUUACGUGUUGGCCGACAAGGAAUUGAUAGACGCCAAGAGGAGGAAGAGAGAAGAACAAGCUCAAUCAGAUCCUUCUAUUCUACUGUCUCUACCAUCUCCAAUAUGCUACGAUGAGAGAUGGAUUUAUGCCCACAAGAAGAAAGACGGGUCCUUUUCAAGUGAGCAUGCUCGUGAGGUCGCUCAAAAAAUUGAUGAGCUUAAACAGAAGCAAUUCGAGGGAUCAUUCAUCCCAGAGGGAAGAAAUGAUAUCCUGGCUAUUGCUACGGGAAAAGGAGAGCAUCCUGGACGUGUUCAGGGAUUUGGAUUAGGGGUGAGUAUAAGAGAUGUAUUUGGACCACCUCAAAAAUGCCAUUCUUCAAGACUUGUGACUAGAGAGGAGUUGGAUGUGAUGUUAGCUCAAUCAAGGGCUGAGGCAAGGGCUGAGGCUGAGGCUAUUCUUGAAGCUAGGCUACAAAAGAUGAAGGAAAAAAUGAUGAUGAUGAUGAGCUCAAUCAAGGAGCCAAGUGGCCCACAGACUCACUCCCCUGCUUGUCUUCCGAGCACUAAAGGGAGCAAUAUCGUUCUACUUCCUUCAGAGGAUGACCCUGCUCCAGAGGGUGAACUAUGCUACUUGUAUGUAGAGGAUCCAGAAAGACGCUUAGUAGCACACGGUUACAUCCACGAGGGGUCAAAAUGCCACUUUCAAGAAGUUCAAGAAGAUGUUGUCAAGGUCACUGUUGAAGAGGAAACCCCAUCGUCCCAUAAAGUAGGUCAAAAGCCACAAUUGUUCGAGCCAAGUCUAUGGGAUCGAUUUGUAUUGAUGGUAUAUAGUGGAUCAUUUCCACCUUGGUGUUUUAAAGCGAAUCCUGAUCUUGCUGGCUUAAGCAACUAUGAAAUCUUUGUUGAGAAUGAGGACCUCCAUCGGAUUCUCAUUGAUACUGACCUAACCAUGGCGAACAUCCAAAUCAGGAUGAUGUUUUUGCAUCAAUUGCUGGUUUUCUCGAGUAAAGACAAACAAUACGGAUUUCUUUGCCCACGUUACACUAAUGAUAAAGAGACCACCAAAGAGGCAAAGGAGGCAUAUAUGAACCAGAGGCUGAGUGAAGGCAGAAAGGAGUGUUAUUUUUUCAUGUUUCUCUAUCUUAUAAACUGGCAAUUGAUAGUAUUUUCGAUGAAGAGCAAUUCUAUAAUUUUUUUAUGCUCUUUGCAUCGUAAACUCAAUCUGGCAAUGAAGAAAUCUUACGAGCAGGCUAUGAGGAUUGGCUAGCAAGUCCGGUUGGGUAAGGCCCCACGUGAUGUCAAGGAUCCUCAUGGAUAACACCAAAGGCAACCCCCUACUAAUUUGUGCGGCUUUUAUAUGUUAAGACAUGCAUACAAUAUCAUCGCCGUUGACUUGACUGAGUUCACUGAGGAGAUGUUCAAUGAUCCAUCUCCAUUUUCGGAUUCAGAGAUCCAUCAAAUAAGGCAACAUUGGGGACUCUUCAUGUUCGAUCUUCAUAAUAAUCAUCCUUUAGAAGAGUAAACUGUGUAGUUGUAAACAUUAGUAAAUAUAGUUGUGUGUAUGAUUAAUUAGUUGACAAUUUAUGUUUUAUGUGUUUGGAAUUGUACAUAAUUUUAAAUUCAUUUGAUUUGAACAA